AUGGCUGCCUCAUCAAUAGGGAUAAUCCUGAAUUCGGUGCACAUCGGGAUACUCGUAUACAUCAAAUUUAUGCGAAAAGCGCGCAGCUACGAGCUACUGUUUGGACAGACACGCUGGGGGUUGAUUUGUGGCAGCUGCCUACUUGGCACACUCUUCUGCUUACGCUGGAUCCCUUUUAAUAGAGUCACCGACGAUAAUGAUAUUGAGGAAAAUGUCAAGGUCACACGAACUUGGUAUUACACCGUAUGGCGCAUUAUUGUUUACUUGGAGCAAUACAUUUUUGCUGGAGCUGCAAUGCUGGUGCUCAGUUACUCCAACAUCAAAAAAUUAAAAGAGAUCAAGAAAUCUUACAAAGAAGAAUCGCUGGGGAUGACUGGAGAAAUCAAGGCGGAGUGGAUCCGAAACCAUACGACCAUUUCCAAAAUCUGUGUCGUUCUGGCUAUUUCAUACGUGAUGUUCAAUUGGCCUUAUUGCGUGGUAGAUUACCUUUACACCGAUGAUUUAAAUGAAACAGAAUGGUACGGCUUCGUGACGUUGAUUAUCAAUCUACUUCAAGUGGUUUACAUCCAGCUGAAUUUGUUUUUCUUUGCCUACUGUAGUCGCAUGUACCGUAGCACUUUGCUUGCUCUACUUGCAAUUAUGGACGCUGAGGAGGCGAAGGAGCGCCUUUCCGCGCUAUUUUCAACGGACAUCAUGCCCCAAUCGGAAAAUUGGGUGGACACUGAGGUCUUCCUCAAGGAGGUUGUCCGCGUGCUGCUCAAGUACAUCCAUGAUGAGAAUAAGCGCGAUACCAAAAUUCUCGAAUUCCACCAUCCUACGGAGAUGAAGAAAAUGAUUGAUUUGACGAUACCCGAAAAUCCGCAGCCCUUGUCGGAGCUUGUCAAGGCAUGCGAACAAGUGCUUCAACUUGGAGUGCGUACCGGGCAUCCACGCUUUUUUAACCAGAUCAGCUGUGGCCUCGAUUUGGUGUCCAUGGCUGGAGAAUGGCUGACUGCUACGGCAAACACUAAUAUGUUCACCUACGAAAUCGCGCCCGUUUUCAUCUUGAUGGAAAAAGAAAUUUUCCGCAAAAUGUGGGAAGCCGUCGGCUGGGACCCUGAGCGCUCGGAUGGCAUUUUUGCUCCAGGUGGCGCUAUUGCAAAUCUUUACGCAAUGAACGCGGCUCGCCAUCAUAUGUAUCCUCGCAGUAAGCACCUGGGAAAUGGCGAAAUCCCGAUCCUUUGCGCCUUCACCUCAAUGGAUUGCCACUACUCGAUCAAGUCAGCGGCUUCAGUCACGGGGAUCGGCUCAGAUCACUGUUUCUAUAUCAAAACCGACAAUGUCGGUCGCAUGAUCCCGGAGUCGCUUGAGCAACAGAUUUUGCGCGCCAAGGCGGAAGGACUUCAUCCUUUCUUCGUCUGCGCUACCGCUGGGACUACUGUAUAUGGUGCUUGGGAUCCAAUUGACAAAAUUGCCGAUAUAUGUGAGCGCCAUCGUGUUUGGCUGCACGUUGAUGCGGCUUGGGGUGGCGGUCUACUCCUUUCACCCGAGCACCGCCACAAGCUCGCAGGAAUUGAGCGCGCCAAUUCGGUUACCUGGAAUCCCCACAAGCUGAUGGGUGCCCUGCUGCAAUGCUCGGCUUGUCUUUUCCGUCAGGAUGGCCUUCUCUUCCAAUGCAAUCAAAUGUCGGCGGACUACCUUUUCCAGCAAGACAAGCCCUACGAUGUCAAUUUUGAUACCGGUGACAAAGCCAUCCAAUGUGGCCGCCACAACGAUAUCUUCAAGCUGUGGUUGAUGUGGAAGGGAAAGGGAAUGGAGGGUUACCGCCAGCAAAUUAACAAAUUGAUGGACCUUGCCGAAUACUUUACGGAGCGACUACGCGUUACCGAAGGCUAUGAGCUCGUUGUAGAUCCGCCCGAGUACCUUAAUAUCUGCUUCUGGUAUAUCCCGAAACGGAUGCGUCUGCUUGACCUUGCCGAAAAGAUGGCUCGCUUGGAAAAGAUUGCUCCUAAGAUCAAGGCAAAAAUGAUGGAACGCGGAACGACAAUGGUUGGAUAUCAACCGGACAAGAAACGCCCCAACUUCUUCCGCAUGAUCAUCUCCAACCAGGCAAUCACCAAAGAUGAUCUCGACUUCCUCAUCAACGAGAUUAUUGAAAUCGGUGAAUCGCUCUACGAA